AGCGCCGCUGCUGCAGCAGAGCCGGGCCCGGGGCCGCGGGUGCGGAGCGCUGCGCCGGCCGCGCUCACGCAAUAUGCCUCCGCUGCCCGCGGGCUGCUCGCCAUGCCGGGCACCUGCGGGCGCCUCUCCGCGCUGCUCCCGGGGCUGGCGGCCGCGCUGCUGAUGGUGAUGAUGAUGAUGGGGCGGCCGCCCCCCGCCGCCGCCACCCGCCCGCAGCAGCAGCGAGCGGCGCUGCCCGGGGGCGCCCCCGCCGCGGCAGCAGGUACCGAACCCUCCUCUGUAUCAGGAUCUGUUUUUACCCUAAAAGUUCAAGUAAAUGACAUCAUCAGCCAUCAGUACCUGCGCCAAGCGGUGGUCGAGGUGUUUGUUAACUACACCCUGACAAAUUCUACUCUCACUGGGAACAAUGGAGCAGUGUUGAUAAAAGUCCCCUACAAGCAGGGAUUAAGCUUAACUAUUGUCUCAUACAAGGAUGGCUACCUGCUGACACCUUUGCCUUGGAAGACUGCGAGGAUGCCAAUCUACUCAUCCGUGACGCUCUCAUUAUUCCCACAAAGUCAAGCUAAUAUAUGGCUGUUUGAAGAUACUGUCUUAAUUACUGGAAAACUGUCUGAUGCCAAAUCUCAACCGAGUGUCCAGUUUCCAAAAUCUUUAAUGAAGCUUCCAACAAAUCACAUUGCAAAUGUUACAGCCUAUCUGACAGUGCCAGAGCAAUUUUUGAAAGUGGACAGCUUUCUCUAUACAACAGGAAUUAUUCUAAAUAAAUCAGGUUUCAAAAGCAUGGAAUUAACUCCUCUUACUGCCAUAUGUGUAAAUGUUCUGGUGGCUGGGAAAGAAGUGAACAUAAAGGGUCCCAUUCAGGUUACCCUUCCUCUUCCCACAACUGCUGUAAAGUCGGGGGAUGCUGUACCUGCCUGGACAUUUGAUAUGAAAAUUGGUGCUUGGGUGAACCGUGGGCUAGGAGUGGUGAAGGAGGUGGAUGGCCAGUUAGUGUGGACAUACACUGCUCAGCACUUGGGCUACUGGAUUGCAGCUCCACUGCCUGGAGCAAGAGAAUCCAUCAUUAGUGCUGUUUCCAAGGACAUAACAGCCUAUCACACCGUGUUCCUUACGGCCAUACUGGGAGGAACUGUUGUCAUUAUCAUUGGAUUUUUUGCUGUUCUUCUUUGUUACUGCAGGGAUAAAUGUCAUCGUACACAGAAGAAGGAAAAAAACUCAACCAAGCUGGAGGUCAUAAAAAAAGACCAGACAACAUCAACAACUCACAUAAAUCACAUCAGUGCUGUCAAAGGGACUUUAAAGCUGGAGGAUAAGUCACAGUUAUAUACACCGAAGAUUUCUUCGUACAGCCCUCAAAGGAGGCUGUCCAUGGACACAGAAGAUGGAAAAUCACAGGACAAUUUUAAAAUCUACUCAGAGGAUGCUUCUUAUCAGUCAUCCUGUCAGACUGGUCAGGCAGGAAAUUCAGCCCAUUCAGUAGACCCUAGUGCUGGAGUGAGGCUCUUACAGCAGCCAAAGCACACUAACAGUACUAUUUCCCAGGCUCCUAGGGACAUUCCAGACCAAAACAGGUACCUUUCACUAAAAGAGGAGAUGUAUGGGCUUUCCCAUAUCCCAGAACAUCUAAUGCAUAUUUACAAUCAGCCUAUUGCUAUUCUUCAAACCUCAGACCUUUUCCACUCCCCAGAACAACUGCAUCCUGCUAAAUCAGCAACUUUGCCAAGGAAAGGGCAGCUGGUGUACGGCCCCAUGAUGGAGCCCAUGAAUCGGGACAGUUACAUGCAAACACUUCCCAAAAUGCCAGUGCACUCUCAUCCCCAGCCUUCUGCCUGCAGAGAUGAGAACAGUGCCCUGGAUGGUGAAGAGGGCUUGCCUUCCCAAGCAUCCAACUGGGGCAGGUACACCAACAGCUUGCUGGAAUCUGUCUCUGUUCCUGGGACACUGAAUGAAGCAGUUGUAAUGACUCCCUUUUCAUCUGAACUUCAAGGGAUUUCAGAGCAAACACUGCUGGAGCUCUCUAAAGGAAAACCAUCUCCGCAUCCUCGAGCAUGGUUUGUGUCCUUGGAUGGAAAGCCAAUUGCUCAAGUGAGGCAUUCUUUCAUAGAUCUGAAAAAGGGCAAAAAAACUGAGAGUAAUGAUACCAGUCUGGACUCUGGUGUGGACAUGAAUGAGCAUCAUCCUAGCAGGAAACUGGAGAGAGAGAAAACUUUCAUUAAAAGUAUGCCACAUUCUAAGAUUCUUUACUUGGAAGAUCUGGAUCUGAGUAGCAGUGAAAGUGGGACCACUGUUUGCACUCCAGAGGACCAGGCUGUGAGACACAUUAUGGAAGGAGGGAACGGGCCAGUCCUAGAACAACAUAAUGAGGAAGGUCUAAGGAAAAAAUCUCUGCCAGGAAGUCAUGAAUCUGGUAUCCCUUCUGCUAAAAAAAGGGAUAGACCACCUCUCAUGAAAAGAGAUAGCAAAACCAAUAUCUGGAAGAAAAGAGAGGAGAGGCCACUUAUUCCUAUAAAUUAAAACACAAUGUGCUUUGUGCUGUUGCUCUCCCUGCUGGUUGUUGAUCUCUUGCCUGCUUCUGUAAUUCUGCAGUGUUGGGUUUACAAGGGAAAUGUUGUUUUCUAGUAUCAAGAAAAGUUUCAUUUUUUUAACAUAAAGAUUGAGUUACCAAACUUCAGCUGGGCAACUGAUAUUCCAUGUGAUUUGAAAACAGGGAAAUGCUACUAUUAAACUUUUCCAGUUCUUAAUUUUACUGGCAGUUUGAGGAAGGCCCACAUUUUACUUAGCCUGUCAUUCUUGGACACACCUUUGGGAAUGCACAGUGAGAAAUGUAGGCACAUGAUUUAAUUUUUUUGUACUUGUUGCUAAUGCAAUGGUAGCCUAGUUAAAGCCAUUCCUAGCCUUGUUCCUAAUCAACGUGACCAUCUGUACAGUAUUUUAUAUGUGAACUUUUCUAGCUGUCUGUUACUACUCCUUUGUACAAUGUGAAAUGUUUCAUCCGUUGGUCCCACGACACCAGCAGAUGAGCUCUGCUGGAUUUAUCAGCAGAGCUCUAUAGCAUUACUGCCCUCCCUGUGUGCCCAUCCAUGUGCAAUUCCAUACAACACUGGGGGAAGGGGAAGUGUACAAGUGUGGCCACUGCAGUUCAUGGUCCCCACUACCUUAAGGUGUUGCCCAUCUGCUUUGUUAAGAUCUGCUUUGUUAUGGCCUGUGGAUGUUCAUGGGCUAUGAAGGGUCCAUGUCCAGCAGAAAAGGACUGGUUCUGGUAGCAUUUGGAGCUGCAGCUACUCCUGAUCCCAGUGUCUUGUUUUGGCUGCUUUGUCAGUGAACAUCUUCUCUUGUCUAUGCUGUUGGGCCAGCUGUGCUCCAGAAUAUAGCCUUGAAUCUCUGCCUAUUUAUAAGUGAGAGUUUGGCCCAUGGUGAAGAAUUGUACAGGAUUAGACAAAUUAUGCCUUGGAAAGUGUUUCUUGAGCAGGAAAGCUUGGCACCGUUGCUUUUUAUUUUAUGUUUAAAACAAUGGGAGAUCAUUUGGGGUUUAUGUGCCUACAUUUUGCCAGCCUGAGCUGCUUUUGUCUAGGUUUGCAGAGGAAUUAAACAGGCUUUAAAAGUUGGGGGGGAGGGUUAUGAGCAUGAGACAGCAGAUUGCAAAAAUUUGGUCUAUAAUGCAAUAUAAAUACUAUUUAUGACUCAUCUUAGAGUUAAAUUUACCAAAAGUCAUGAAUGCAUGAAUUGUAACUAAGAUGUGUAUAGAGGAAGGAAAGGCCAUCAGAAUAUUCUUUAAUUUUAAUGUUCAUCUUGUCAAAGUGAUCAUUUCAACUUUGGCUAACAGAAAAAUGAAUGCAUCCCUUAAUGUGCUUCAUAUAGUGAACAGAAUGUAUUUCUGUGGCUUUGAGGCUGUUUCCCUGGUGAAAUAAGUUCCAGCAUUUUGGCUUUGGCAGUUUGAUUACAAAUCAUCCUAAAAAGGCUUUAUAAGUAUUUCCCUUAGAGCUUGGUUAAGGCUCUCUACCAAGACCCAAACAUACAAUGCCUAUAUUUGAAUUGUGAGGUGAGUGGUGCUUGGUUGUCUGCCCUGUAGUGCACUCAAGAGUUGGGAAGUAUCCUAUGCAGCUGGGCUUCUGGGAAUAUUUACUCAGGAAAUAUUACUGUGAAAUAUGUCUGUGGUGUUGGGAUUGUCAGUUGUCUGUUGCUGUUUUUAGAAGAAUUUGGAAGGCAACCAGGAUGGUACCAGCAAUGCAUCAGUCCAAAGUGAGCAUUUGCUUCAUGAACAAAAUGUUCCUAUUGAAUUCAUGAGUAUGAAAGUGCAAAUUAAGUUUGAGAUAGGUGUGUGUGUGGUGGGUUGACCUUGGCUGGAUGCCAGGUGCCCAUCAAUCUGCUCUAUUGCUCCCUUGUUCCCAGCUGUGCAGGGGAGAGAAAAGAAGAUGGAAAACAACUCCUGGAUUGAGGUAAAGCAGUUUGCAAAGGCAAAAGCAAAAAUUUGCACGUGCACAGAGAGGAAGAAAAAAAGGUUUGUUCUCUAUUUCUCAUCAGCAAGCAAUGUGUGGCUGCUUCUUGGGAAUCAGGGCUUCAAGACUUGUAAUGGUUGCUCCAGAAGGCAAACUUUGUAAAUAACAAAUACCCCCACUUCCUCCUCCUUUCCUUAGCUUUUAUACCUGAGCUGAUGUCACAUGGUAUGGAAUAUCUGUUUGGUUAAUUUGGGUCAGUUUUGUGCCCUGCCAGGAUCUUGUCCACCCCCAGCCUGCUCGUUGGCAGGGAAUGUUGAGAGUCAGCACCGAUGCUGUGCCAGCCCUGCCCAGCAGUGGCCAAAACACUGGUGUGUUAUCAGCACCUUUCCAGCUCCCAGGGCAAAGCACAGUGCUGGGGAGGCUGCUGUGGGGUAUGAACUCCAGCUCAGCCACACCCAGUAUCCAUGGGCAUCACCAUCACAGGUGGGAAUCUCAGCUCCUAUGCCUGGAGCACCUCCUCCUCCUUCAGCAUUGACCUUGGUGUCUGCAGAGUUGUUCCUCUCACAUGUUCUCACCCUGCUCUUCUCUGGCCACAAUUACAUCUGCACAAUAACUCCCUUUUCCUUCUCAAAUCUGUUACCACAGAGGUGUCACCCUCAUUUCUGACUGGCCCAGCCUUGGUCAGCAGCAGCUCUGUCCUGGAGCUGCUGGCAUUGGCUCUGCUAGACAUCAGGGAAGCUUCUGGCAGCUUCUUACAGAAGCCACCCCAGUAGACUCCCCUGGCCACCCAAACCCAAUACAUAUGGUGAAGCACCUGUCCCCCUGCAACCCCAUGGAGUGCAGAUACCUACCUGCAGCCUAUGGAGGAUGCCUGAACAAGGCUGUGAACCCAUGGGGAAGCUGUGCUGCAGCAGCUCCUGGCAGGAGCUGUGGAGAAAAGAGCCCCUGCUGCAGCAGGUAUCCUGGAAUUACCUGUGGGCCUGUGGGGGACUCGCACUGGAGGCAGGCUGUGCCUGAAGGAAGAGUGAGUGAGCCAUGUUAGAGCAGUUUGUGGAGAACUGUUGCCCUUGAGAAGGACUCAAGUUGGAGAAGUUCAUGGAGAGCAGCCUCCUGUGGGAGGGACCCUGUGCUGGAGCAGGGGAAGGACUUCUGUCCUUGAGCAGUGGCAGAAACCAGAAGUGAUGGACUGACCCAUUCCUGUCUCAGAAACCAGAUGUGAUGGACUGACCCAUUCCUGUCUCAGAAACCAGAAGCCAUGGACUGACCCAUUCCUGUCUCAAACCACACAGAUGGACUGACCCAUUCCUGUCUCAGAAACCAGAUGUGAUGGACUGACCCAUUCCUGUCUCAGAAACCAGAUGUGAUGGACUGACCCAUUCCUGUCUCAGAAACCACACGGAUGGACUGACCCAUUCCUGUCUCGGAAACCACACAGACGGACUGACCCAUUCCUGUCUCCCUGUGUCACUGAGGGGAGGAAGUUGAGCUGGAAAAGAGGGAUGGGUGGGCAGAAGGUGUUUCUAAGAUUUAUUUCCCUUGUCAUUAUCCUGCUCUGGUUUUGUCAGUAAUAAAUUCAGUUAAUAUCCCCAAGGUGAGUAAGUCUGUUCUGCCUGUGACGGUAUUCAGUGAGUGAUCUGUCCCAGUCCUUACCUCAGUUCAGGAGCCUUUCACUGGAUUUUCUCUCCUCUGUCCACUGUGUGCAAGGGAUUGGUAAGAGUGGCUUUGGUGGGUGCCUGGCAUCAAGCCAGGGCCAAACCACUACAGUGUGUAAAUAAGUCUCUAAUUAAAUUGGUCUCAAGAACCUAAAAGAGGUUUAAUUCAUCUAUUUCAGACAUGAAGAUGGCUUGUCAUAUGAGCAUGCCUUUGGUUCUCUUUCUAGGUAACAGGAAUUUUGUUGUCCAAUACUAAAUACUUUUUCACAAGAACUUUUUGUUUUUUAAUGUACAGCUGUACUGGAUUUUUUAACAUGACUUUCUAGGCACUAGAUAUUGAUCACUUCAUCCUUUAUUUUGUUGUACACAUUAGUAGGAGUCAAUUUAAAUGUGCACAUUUCUUCUGAAAGCUGCCCUUGAGGUUCAAUAUUUGCCUGUUUGCAGAGUUGCAUUGGUUCUGAUGGCUCCCUUUUCAAAAAGAGAUUAUUAUACAUUCUGUUGAACAUAACAGAAAAUCCCUGACAAGCUAAUGGUUUUGAGGAAUUCAUAUUAAGUUCAUAUGUCUUUACUUGAAAUUUUGUUCACCAACAGUAACAUUUCAGAUUUUUUAAAUGCAUUUUUCGUUGUGUUUACCAAAAAGACCUAAUUUCUCAAAACUUACUUGUAACAUCAAAAAAUACGGACUACUAUAAAUGGCUUUAUUUACGUGAGUUCAAAGGAAACAAGUUUGGCACUCCAUUGUUCUCAUUCUCUGGCAGAGUAGGUAUCUGAUUGUUAAAGAAAAGGAUUAGAAAUCCAACUCUAUAAAUUAUUAUGGUUUAUAUUCAUACAGAAUAUUUCCAAAUAUAUUAUAUCAGUCUUCACAUUCCAGCUGUAAGUUGGAAUUUAUGCACUGGAAAAACCUGUAUUGCCAGCUAGAGAUUAGAAUUAUUUUUGGCUUUAGAUCAUUUAAAGAAGGAGUUUGACUGUGCUGAGCUCUAAAAAUUUUAAUUCCACAGAACAUUCUACGGGAUGUGUAACAUGUGGAGAAGACAGAAUGUCACAGUGAAGUGUCACAAACUUAUGGUUUUCUAUAUUUCUCUAUAUUAUUUCAACAUAUGAAUUUAUAGGAAUCACUGAAUUUAUUUUUAAGUUUUUCUUCUGUUGGCUCUUUGUGGCAUUAACAGACUGUUAAAAUGCUGCUGCCAGAAUUAGGCCUAUAGAAAAAUUAGCAAGGAUUUGAGGCACACAGCUCUUGGAAGGGCUGGGGAAACAUUCAGAGGUUUCCACUUCUUUGAAUCUGGAGGUUGCUUACCUUGAGAAUAAGAAGGGAGAAAUGUCUGUGAGCCCCUUAUAAGGAGAGGGGAAUGAAUAAGGAAAGAUUAUUCAUUCAUUUAAUAUGGGAAAGGAUACAACUUCUUUCUGAUGCUAGUUUGCAAACUGGUAUGUGUUUGUGCUUUGGUGGAAUCAAUUCUUUCUGAAGAGCACAAAUGUUUGCAACACUUGUCUCAGUUCUUCACAAGGCACUUCUUGAGCUGUCAGCUUUUGCAAGAAAAGCCCUUAUUUAUGUACAUAUAGUUUUAAGUGCAAGCUCAUUGGCAGUAAUUUUUAGAUUGUUACCAAAUGCUAGAUAUUAUAGAUAAAAAGGUGGGGGAAUCACUUGAAAAUCACAUUUGAUUAAGAGAAAAAAGUCCUCAUAGUGCAAUCAGAAAAUAGAGCUCUGGUAUUACAACCCUGAAAGUAAAAAUUAUGUGUUGAUUAGGGACAUUAUUUAUCACCAUAAAGAUAGAGGUGACACACCAAAAAUAAUCCAGGAUGUUGGAAUGUUUAGUUGUCUCCUUUGUUUUUUAUGCAGUAAUUUGUACCAAAGAGGAUGAAAUGAACUGGCACCAGUAUAAAUUCUUAGUUAAAAAGUGACAAAGUUUCACAACACUACUGAUCAAACACUGUGCAAAUGAAAAGGCAGUGCACUACAUCUGUUGUCUAGUGCUUUACAUUAGGAAAAUCUGGAGAUAAAUUAGCUGCUGAAGUGCCUUUCUCUUUCAUCAGACUUAUUUUAUCAGUGGGACACCUGACUAUCUGAAAAGCACAUUAUGGUUUUAUUUUCUGUUAGCCAAAACCCCCUGAAUUCAUACAAUUAUGUAGCUUUUAUAAUAUUUUAAGAGGCAGAUCUAGUGCUUUUUAUGUUGGAAUAUUGACUUCUGCAUGUUGAUGAUGAUGGUAGUUGUUGUAAAACCUAGUUUUGAUAUUUUACGUUUGAAAAGAAAUUUAAAAAAUAUAUCUUUAGCAAUCUGAACAGUAGUGUCUUUUAAAAAUGCUCAUAUGGGAUCUGAUUCAACUUUGUGUGUCAAGUGCAAACAUCUUGAAGUCACUGGAUUUACAGGUAUCAAACUGACUGGGAUAUUAACUUCAAAAAUGGAAUUAACAUAUGUUUAUAUAUAAACUAUUAUAACAAUAAAAGUCCUCUUUUCAGCUGCUAACUUUGCUUGUCAGUAGCAGCAGAAAUUGUAUGGAGAUUGGUACGUAAUUCUUAUUUUCUAGAACCAAUUUUUAUCUCAUUUUGGAGCCUAACCUGCAUUGGUUUUUAAUAGCUUUUAAAUUUUUUUAAAAAUUUAGUGGUAUUAUGAAAACACAGUGGUAUUAUGAAAACACAGUGGUAUUAUGAAAACACUAUGCCUACAGAGCUAAAGAUGAGCAUUCUUUUAUAGUAAUUUGUACUAAUUUGUGCCACACUUCUAACAGUAGGCAGCUACAUUUGUGUUAAAGAGUUUAUAUGAAAGGUGACUUAAAUGACUUGAAUCUGAGCUUCGUUUCCUUUUAAAAGCAGUAUUCAUUGUGUUCUGAAAAAAUAAAUAGCUUCAGGUUUUUUUAAGACUGGCAGGGCCAAACUCUGUCAUUUCUUGUUUUGCUAGCACUCUCAGCCUGAAAACUGGUUUACCAAAUGAAUUUUUUCAGUCAGUUUUAGGACUUACUGAACAUUCCUAUAUUCCCCCUCCCCACAACAUCCUGGUACUUUAUUCCCCAGGUAAUGGAUUUAGUUCCUUUGAAGCACUCGUUGCACUUCAGUCCACAUUAGAACAGUACUAUUUUUACAUGUCACUGUGUAGAAAGGCAGUUUUUAGUGCUCAUUAGAGCAUGUUACUCGUGCAAAGCCUGGCUCUGGGUGUUGCAAGGCAGGUGAACUCAUGGCCCUGACUGUGCUCACCACCUUGAAUUCUGGAGCCUCAUAGUCAACAAACGCUUCAUGACCUCAGCAAUUAUUUUCAAAAACUCUCUAGUAUGGAUAUUGUUUAUGUAAAACAUUCUUGAUAUUUGGCAUCCUGGUUUUAAGUAUUUCUACCUUUUUAUAUUUUGUCAGAGGUGUCUUUUCAUCUCUGUAUUUACUACAGUAUCAGUGUAUCUGUUGCUGAAAAUGUAACUAAGGUUUGUAAAAUGUUACAGCUUAUGCAAUAUAAUAAAAAUUUGAAAAAGUUA